CCGUCCGUUCCGGCCGUGUCGUCGCGGUGUCGUCUGUGUCUAUUAGAUGAUUGUGCGGAUGUUUGUUAUAAGUUGAAGUACAAGAGGGUCAUGCACAAAUUUAAAUAGCCUUUCAAUUAUUAUUUGUGAGCUAGGCGAUCAGGUUACCUUGCCUUGAUCAGCCUUGAUUGUUCCUGAUCAGUGUCUUUGAAGAGUCUUACAGUCAUGUCGUUCAAGCAUUUAUUUAUGAAAUCGACAUUUGUGAAAGCCCCUAUUCAAAAUGGGAUAGGGCGAUAUGUUGGUCAGUUACAGAGAAUAACUGUGAAAUUUUGUAAGGAACACAGUGACAGUAAAGGAGUGAGGGAUUUUAUUGAAAACCAGGUGGUGGAUUUUGCCAAACAGAAUCCAGGCAUCGUUGUAUAUCUUAAACCCAGACGCCAUCGCGCUCCACAUGUCAAGCUGGAAUAUUUGAACGGUGAGACGGAGAUCCUCAGUGCCAAGUGCCUGUCUGAGCGGGAGCUGCGCCAGUGGCUGGAGGUGGCGCGCGGCAGCUCCGGCGAGCCGGUGGCGCGCCUCAGGAAGAUGCAGCACACCGACCGGCCGUCCAUCCAGGGCGUCUGGACGCCGUGGACCAGCGUGCCGCCGCAGACCAACCUCGAGACCUUCCCCAGCGAGGAGGGCUACCGCGCGCCGCAGCGCGAACAGACCGCCACGGAGAAGCUGCGCGAGCUGUUCGCUCGCCAGCAGGAGCAGAAGCAGCUGACGGAGGAGACGACCGGCACCAGCUAGCAUGGAGCCGGCGAUGGAGGGGUAGUCAGCAGGGACGGUCUGUGCGGACGGGUGUUUGUAUGUGCGCGUAUUGAUACGAGUGAGGUGUGGUGGAAGAUCGUGUAGUUUAUGCGAGGUUAAGUACGCAUAUUGAUUCUUGUAUAGGUGAAAUCAGUGACAAUAUAUGCUUGUUUCUCGUAGAA